UUUAUUCUCUCGCCACUUUCGAUCACGAUCGCGAUCAACAUGUCGACUGAGUACUUGUCAGAGGAACAGCUUGCCGGAUUUGACAAGUAUAAGUAUAGUUCAAAAGAUACAUCUCCUGUAUCGAAAUAUAUAACUCAUCCUUUUUGGAAUCAAUGCGUUAAGCUCGUUCCACUAUGGGUUGCACCAAAUGUUUUGACGUUUGCAAGUUUUCUAUGUUUAGUAUUCAGUUUAGUUCUACUCUCGCUCUACGACACUAAACUGGUUGCAUCAAGUCGACAUUAUCCAGAUAGCCCUCCAAUACCUAACUGGGUAUGGGUUGUUGCUGGAGUAUGUCAGUUUCUAUCACACACAUUAGAUGGUAUCGAUGGGAAACAAGCACGGCGGACACAGACCAGUGGACCACUAGGUGAACUCUUUGACCAUGGCGUUGACAGCUGGUCAACUAUGUUCUUAUCUGUUGCACUAUUCUCUGUGUUCAGUCGAGACACAAAAGAUUUUGGCGAAGGCGUUUUUACAAUGUAUUGGGUGCUAUGGUGUAUACUGAUAUGUUUUAUUGCUUCACAUUGGGAGAAAUACAACACUGGUGUCUUAUUCCUACCAUGGGGUUACGACGUAGUACAGAUUAUGAUGACAAUAAUUUAUUUACUGACUGGUAUCUUUGGUGUCAAUGUCUGGAAAGGCACUUAUUUUGGCUGGUUGGAAUUUAGAAAAGUAUUUUUAAUAGCUUUAUAUGUUGGUUCAUAUGGUUUUACUCUCCCGCAUACUUUCUACAAUGUCUACAGGUCGUACAAAGACAGAUCUGGAAAAAUGCAUCCAUUUACGGAAGCUAUGCGUCCAUUGUUUUCCACAAUUUUCCUCUUCCUGGUUGCCACUAUGUGGGUUCAUGGAUCAACGUACGAUAUCCUGGAAGAAGAACCAAGAAUUGUAUUCUGGGCAAUAGGAACCAUGUUUUCAAAUAUUACGUGUCGACUGAUAGUCUCACAGAUGUCAAGUACAAGGGCAGAAUUAUUCAAUGGUUUAUUAAUUCCAUUUAUGCUGGUACCCGCAAUAAGUCUGGCAGUGCCGAUCGGUAUAUACGAGUUAUACCUGACAUGGGCAUUAGCGAUAUUUCUCACCAUUGCACAUCUGCAUUAUGGUGUUUGUGUGGUGCGGCAAAUGUGCGAUCAUUUCAACAUCAACUGUUUUACAAUCACAAAGAGGCCACCAAAAAAGAAGGAAAUAACACCACAAAGUGCUUCGAACAUUGAAAUGGACAUUGCAUAACACUGAAAUGGAAAUCAUCUUUGUGUGUUCGUAAGUCAUCGUGUCAGACCUGUUCAAAUCAUUUCCACAUGUGACACCAACAACAUUCAUUGCCGUGACCCACCAGUAAUUAUCAUAAUAAUCACUGUGGAACAAAGACUCUGACCAUAUUGCUUGCUUCAUCUGAACAAUCAUUUUUAAUAUGAAUCAAAUCAUGUCAAAUUUUUUGUAAAUUAUUUUUCUCAUAAAUUUUUUGCUAUCAGUAUUACGUGUACUUUGAGAUAGUGAUACUUGAAAGUUAUUGAAGUUUUUGAUAAGGACGUGUGAAAUGUACCAUUUGCAACCAUAUAUUAUUUGCUUACCGUUUUGUUGUUGGGCAGCAUGGCAUUGUAGUUGGUGUCGCCGAAAACUGAUUUGAAUAAAAAUGGCUGACGCAAUGACCAUGUCAUGUUAUGCCAUCCAUUUCUUUAGGCGCAUUAAGUUUUUUAUAUAGCAAAGGAUGACAACAUCUUGUCUUGUUAUCAAUUUCACAGUAACUAGCCAUAAGGGUGUUUGUAUUUCACAAACAUGCUCAUAGGCUAUGUAGUUGAUUUUUAUCUUUCUGUAAAAACAAUGCAUAGAGGAACAUAAUCACGAGGAAAAUUAAAAAAAAUAUCAUGCGUAAUGUGCCACAUGUUUGUAAAGAGUGCCACAAAGUUGUGGAAAACACUAAUGCAUCA